UUUUCGAACAGCCUACUAAAAGGAAUUCGGAGCAGGACCCAACUAUACACGGUCCGCAUUCAAGAUGGUGGCACCCACGAGUUGGAUCUUCCCGUAGGUAGGGGUCAUAAAUCCCAAAGGCGAUGUGUCUCAAGGCAUGGCGUACUGUCAAUUUGAAGUUCAUUAGAGGAUGAGAAAACCUUGACAUGAAUCUACUAUGAUUAGUAGAGAAUAGAAAUAUGGAGAAAGAUGAGUUAGAAAUGCAUGAAGAAUUUAAAACGGAGGUCAUCGAUGAUGACGAGAGGGAUACUGGAGAUGUGGAACGGGGAGCAGAGGAUGAUUGUGUUCAGCCAAAGGCAUCCUUCGAUGUGAUAGAAUGUGAUCUGGAUGAAGAGAACAACCCUAGCAAAAGUCAGAGUGGAUAUGUGAACCCCAUUGCCAUAUAUCGAUACCCAUGUCGACAUUGUGAACUGCGCUUCACAUCAGGGCAUCGAAGAUCAAAGCAUGAGGCCCAGGAGCAUGGAGUGACCGACUCCAAGUCCCAGCAGAAACAACCCUCACAGUUUGAUCACCACCUAGCUUUGCCUCUUUCUAUCAAUAUUUCAUAG